GAGUAACAAUGAAGGGCUGUGAGCAUGAACAACAACUCAAAACAAGAAGAGCAAAGUCCCGGGAGGUUAGUUCACGUUUUCUCUCCUCUCCAUCUGCGUCUUCUUCUUCUCCAAACCGCAGAAACUCCACUUCUAAUUCAUCUAUCAAGAGAGAUGAUCAGAACAACAACAGUCUGAAAGUUCAUCUCGGCCUGAAAAAGCAUGAUAGGAUGUCAAAUGGCACAGAGGUUUGUUUCGGGUUACCAAACCAAAGUAGCAUAGAAAUUGACACAAAAGAAAACCGUAGGCCUUCACCGUGGAUUGAUGAUGAGGACAGCGUCAUACUUCCUGGCAGAUUUUCAGUUGAUGGAUGUGCAUUGUAUAGAGCAUCAUCAAGGAGAAACUCAUGCUCUCUACUAUAUGAAUCCUUAAACGAUGAAUCAGAUUCAGAGUUGAGUGAUGUAUCCCUCUCUUCAAGUGUUAGUACUAACCGUUCGUCCCGCAACCAUAAACCUGGUAUCAAGGUCUCUUCUAAGUAUCUACGUGAUUUAACAGCUGGACCAAGCAAAGGGAACAACAAUGAGACCAAACCAAGGUCACAAGAAGAUUUGCUGAGAGCUAAUAGCUUUAGGGGAAUUGAGAAUAGGUUGAAGAGGAAUAGUUCAGUGGCAAGGUAUGGAAGUUCGAUGUCCCAGUGGGCGCUUUCACCAGGAAGAUCGUUGGACACUCAGACAGUGACAGUUCCAAGCUCAAAACUAAAGCCUCCAAGAGGGAAAAGCGUGGGUAAACUAAUCAACCUCGGUUUUGAUUUCUUCAGGAGCAAAAACAAGUCUUCCCCCUUUACCUCACCACUAAAACCAAAGACAUGUGACACAGAAUCUGUUCAUCAGCUGAAGCUUAUGAAUAACCGGUUGGUUCAAUGGAGGUAUGUCAAUGCUAAAGCCUAUGCUGCAAACAAUAGCUUAGCCUUCCUAGAAAAGAAGCAAAUACUCUGUGCGUGGGAUACUCUUACCAAGUUGAAACAUUUGGUUCUGCAAGAGAGAAUCAAACUGCAGAAGGAAAAACUAGAGAUGAAGCUGAAUUAUGUGCUUCUUUCUCAAGUUAAGCAUCUUGAAGCUUGGGAGGACAUGGAAAUACAACACCUCUCAGCUCUGUCUAUGACUAGAGAAUCCCUGCAUUCUGUUCUGUCCAGGCUUCCCCUCAAAGAAGGUGCAAAGGUGAACAUCGAAUCAGCUGUGACUUUGUUUAAGACCGCGGAAGCAGUCACUGAUGCUAUCAUUUCAACAUUAAAUAGUUAUGCUCCAACGAUGGAGUUUAUUGUUCCACUGGCCUCCCAACUUGCGGAAGUGGCUGCACAAGAGAAACUGAUGCUGGAGCAAUGCCAUGAUCUUAUGAGAAUGGUUUCCGAGUUAGAGAUGCAGGAGAGGAGCUUGAAGUGCUGCUUCAUGAUUCAACAAAAACAGACUUUUUGAUACAGAACUUGGGUAGUAGCAGACCAUGUCAAAGCUUUGCGUCUCUGUUUUUUUAUAUAAAAGCAAAAUUUAGUAUCA